AUGUCGUCAACACUGCUGUCGUUUCUGUACCAAACCAAGACUCUGCAGAGAGCACUGCGCGUGCCACACGUGUCGCAGUUCAUCCGUCUUGCUCACGCAUAUGGAAGGCCCAGGUUCCGGAAACCAGACAACUCUAUUCCUUUCGAAUGGGACCAUGACACACCCUACGAAGAAACGAUGAAUGCGCCCGGCCAAAAAUCCACGAUAACCCCGUCUGAAGCAGAGAUUUUCAAAGGCAUCUUUGAUGAAAUUGCCCAAGGGAAAAUGCCAGCCGCAAAGAGGCGGCCUGCUCCCUCGGACGGCACACAAAUCAAGGGCGACAAUCCUCAGGAGCCCGAGGCCGGCAUGGCGCGAUCCAUAGUCGAGCAAGCACGUGUCAUGGAGUUUCGAGAGAAAUUUCUCGGCCGAUAUCCGCCGUCGUUGAGAAACGCAGCUCAAGUUGCGCUGGGACUGUAUGAGCUGGAGCCGAAUGGUUCAUCAGUACGUCAGAUGGUCGAAUUGGACGAGGCAGAUCAAGCAAAGUGGGAAGAGCGUGCAAGAUACGAACGCGCCCGUGUCCAGGAGCGCGAGAGGGUUGAUGGCUUGAUGGGCACCUGCCAGACGGAUGCCGAGCUGUGGGCUGUCAUGGAAAAGGAAGUUUUCUCUCUACCGAGAAAGCUGGGAAUUUUGCAGCGUAAAACAGUCAAGGCCAAGAAUGAAAAGGGAAUAAAUGGAAGCGGUUCAGCCACGAACAAAAGCGGUGAGGUCACAGAAGCGUCGGACAAGAACCCGGACAGCAGAGGGAAAGAGAAAGAAGAGAAAGCAACUAAAAAAACAGAGCGCAAGGCCAAAGUAGAAUCGGUCAAAAACGCAAAGCCCAAGGGUACUGGGAAACCUGCAGGUGCUCCAAAGCCUGCAACGAAACUUGCUGCCGAGGAGGAAAAGCGUAUAAUGGACGUCCACGGCCCUCUAUACCCGCACUUCAUCAACACAGCCAUGGGCCUGUUCGACACCGCAUUCGAUCGACCAUCCGACUAUGCAUUCCAGACCCUUCCUCGUGUCAAGGAACUUGGCCUGCCAUCCUACGUGCUAGGAGUGUCGACACCGUUCUACACCCGACUCGCGCAAAUGCAUUGGAAUCGAUUCGGCGAUGCCAACUCUGCGUUGGAUGUACUGCAAGAGAUGACUGCCGCCGGACUAUAUGCGGAUCAAGAAGCUCAAGAUCUAUUAGUGACCAUUCGCGAUCACCUACAUGGAUGUACAUGGGGUGCGCAGGGGCCAUUUGUCAUGGGCAUUAUGGAGGCGCCACCGUACGAUGGAAUGUUGGCACAGCGUUUAGAGGAGAUGGAAAGUUAUGUGGUGCAGUCGACGAGCUCGACGGAUGCGCAGGCCGGGAUUGCGGCAUAG